UUUAUAUAUUUCAUAACAAGUCCAGUUGUAUAUCAGCAAUUUUAUAUUAGUAACAGUUCUAUCAGAUAUAGUGCAAAAUUAUGUAAAAAUGGAAGAAAAAGUUAAUCAAAAUAAUGAAAGGGAACAAUUCACAGAAUCAGACCCACUUAAAGAAAAUGGCGGAGAAUUCAAAGAAAAGAAAUCAUUUAAAGAAAACUUUUUAUAUGCAGUUAAGAAUGUGACAGUAGAGCCGGUAAUGAUAUGCUACGUAGUUUCAUGUGUUUUGGCUAUAUUGACUGGGCAAAAUUUAAACUUAGAGAAGGCAUGUCGAGUUAAUUUAAAUUUUACAAAAGAUAUCUGUGAUUCUCUGAAGAGCCAAACGCUGGAGGCUGAGAAUGAAUAUGAAAGAGAUGUUCAGAUAUUGGUAGCGAGAGCUAUGGCAUGGAGAACCUUAAUAACAGCCACGCUGCCAUGUAUAACAGCUUUGUUUGUCGGAUCAUGGUCUGACAAAACUGGAUACAGAAAAAUAUUUAUAAUUAUCCCAAUAAUUGGCCAAACACUGUCCUGUUUCAACGGAAUUCUGCAUUAUUAUUUCUUUUUUGAACUGAGUCUUGAAGCGUAUGUGUUCAGUGAUGCCUUAAUAGACGGUUUAUCGGGUUCUUUUUGCGUUUGUUUUCUAACAAUCUUUUCUUAUAUAAGCACCAUUACUACAGUUGAAAAUAGAACUUUUCGAUUGGGUCUUAUUAAUUUUAGUAUGUCUGUUGGCUUUCCUAUCGGCAUGGGAUUGAGUGGCGUACUUUUGAAGUAUUCUGGUUUUUACAGUGUUUAUUCAUUUUGUGCUGUUAUUCAUGUCUUAAAUUUUUUGUAUACCGUUUUUAUUUUAAAAGAUCCAAAACGGGACGAGGGACAGAAACAGCAUGACAAAAAAGGUCUUGUGCAUUUAACACGACUAUAUUUUGACAUUGCAAAUAUAAAAAAUACGUUAUUAGUUGUGUUCAAGAAAGGGUCAAACAACAGACGUCUCAGAAUGUUCGUAUACUUGGCGGUGGCAGCCAUUCUGUUUGGACCGACACAUGGUGAAUUAGCGGUCAUGUAUAUAUCAACGCGAUACAGAUUCAAUUGGGAUGAAGUUAAAUUCGGCAUAUUCCAAGCAUACAACUUUGUUAUGCAUACGUUAGGAACAAUCAUCUCAGUUGCUAUAUUUAGUAAGUGGUUAAGAUGGCAUGAUGCCGUCUUGGGUAUUUUUUCAACUAUAAGCAAAAUUGCGUCAUCUUUCGUGUACUGUUUUGCUCAAAAUGAAAGGAUCCUCUAUUUAGCUCCAGUUAUAGACAUGUUAAAUGGCACAUCUUUAUUGGCAAUAAGGUCAAUAGUAUCAAAACUAGUUGCAACAGACGAGCUUGGAAAAGUGAACUCAAUAUUCGGCUUAUGUGAAAAUCUCACGCCACUUCUUUAUAUACCGAUGUAUACCAAAGUAUAUACAUCUACAAUGGAGGUGCUGCCUGGUGCAGUCUUCCUCGUCGGAUCUGCUAUGGUCUUGCCAACUCUUUUUGUAUUUAUAUGGCUACUUUAUGAACACAGAAGAAAUAUACAUAGAACUAAGAAACAAGAAGCAAAUAUGCUGAAAGAAAAUUAAGUUUACUAAAUGUUUAUAGUUUCUUACUACCGAAACAAUAAAUUAUUACAAUUGUUUGAA